AUGGCAUUCGCUGACCUUAGCGACCAGCUUCCACCGCAGCCUGAGCGCAAGGAGUUAGGCGUGGACUUGUCUGUGCACAUGGAUUUUGCUUACCGCUCGGGUCUGAAACAGUUCAGCGAUAGAGUGAUCCGGGUACUUGUUCAGAGGGAGCCUCUAGAAGGAGGAGAAGAACUUCAGCAGCCGGAUAAAAGUACAAGCCAGGCCUAUGCUUCAGGUUGUGUCGCUUCAAAGGAGCUUACGGACUCUGAGCACCAAGUUCAAGCAGUUGACUUGGAGAUGCAACCAGUCGCGGGAAAUGAGUAUGGAGACGAAGACAGCGAAGGUAGCUCGUCUUACGACAUCCCGGUCAGCAGUGCCGUCAUCGCCGCCCAUUCCAUGUACUUCCGGAGGAUGCUGACGUCAGGCCUUCACGAGAGCCGCUCAAAGGACCAACCGAUUGUGGUUGCUCUCUCGCCAAGAGAGGCACAGAGCUUCAACGCUUUGAUCGAGUUUAUAUACACCCACGAAAUCAGCGCAACAGUCCGCUCAGACAAGGAAGAGCUCUGCUGGCUUCUCACAAUUGCGGACCGCUUCGAAACCGCGGCGUGCGUCCAGAUGUGCGUCCAGACGCUGACGUCAACACCCACGACGCUCGCUGACGCGGUCAUGUACGUCAGCCUGCCGGAGCCUGUGAAGCGGUGCGAGGCAGUUCGCGCGUUGAUAGAUACUAUUUCUACCCUGACGAACUGGUCUCUUGAGGAGAUAGCGGGCGCGGAUAGCGUUUGCGAUAUGGAAGAGGUCACCAUCAGGCGACUCGUUCUCGAGCUUCGGGGAAGCGAUGAGUACGAGGAGGGGCUCUGCAAAGUCUGUCUCCAGUGGUUCCGUUACGAGGGUCAGGACCGGUGGGGAGCUUUUGCGGCCCUCCUUGAGUUGCUCGAGUUUUGGCGCAUCAACCCGACUUUCAUCAGAGAGGAGCUAGAGAGCUGCCCCGAGGUAAGCGCUCCGGAGAGGCGGGCCCUGAUAGAUAAGCUGAAAAGCAUGGAACCACCUCAGGAAGACAAGACACCGGACGGAGCAGAUCAAGUCGGUCAUGGGGGCGCGCCUGCGGGCCACGGCUUAGGUCCAGCGGUCGCCGGAAACAACGCUCCUGCCGUCUUCCCUGGUGGAUCCGUUGGCGUCCGUGUCGGAAGAUCUCUCGCAUCCUUCACGUUGUUUUUGAUCAUUUUGGGCGCUAUUGAGGGGUUCGUGGUACCAGUGGUCUCCGAACUCGGACAGUUCCUCUCGCAAGCGGACAUCCGAAUGACAUUCCUUUAG